CACGGGCCCGCGGCAGCGGCCACAGCAUGUCCCGCGUGCCCGUGGGGAAGGUGCUGCUGCGCAACGUCAUCCGCCACACCGGAGCGCACAACAAGCUUCAGGAAGAGACAGAAAUGUGGAAAAUAAGGGAAUGGGAGAAGCAGACAGAAGAGACUUACUGGAAAAGGCAGAGCAGAAUGCUAUCAGACACCUCCAGCAGUCGCAUGCGCAGCGAUGGCUUCGACGACGAGGGGCACAGGAACUGGAAAUCCAGGAACCCACAGCUCCUUGACCUGGUGGAAGAUGAUCUCCUCAGGGCCAGAUCCUGGAAUAAAAAGCUGUAUGAAUGUGAAGCCAACAUGCCAGACAGGUGGGGGCACAGUGGAUAUAAAGAGUUAUAUCCUGAAGAAUUUGACACAGACAGUGAUCAGCAGGAAGGAGAUGAACAAAAUGCUGUCAAUGGGAAGAAGAGAUCCCACCCGGGGAAACAAACAGCCCGUGAGUCCCACAAAAGGAAAAGAACCAAGAAAUCCCACAAGAAGAAGCAAAAAAAGCGUUCACACAAAAAGAGGAAGAAAAAGAAAAAGGAGCAGGAGAGAACUUCCACAGAUUCCUCCCGGGGGGAGAGCGAGGGCUCAGGAGAGGAAACUCCAAGCACCCGGAAAGGAAAACACAAGCGCAAGAAAAAACCCAGGAAAGUGCCUGCCAAGGAACCUACCUCUUCUUCUGGGCAGGAGAGUGACUUUUCCCAUGCAAGCAGCUCCAGCACCAGCAGCUCUGAGGACACUGAAUCCGAGGGGAAAAAGGAGAAACGGCCCCCAAGGAAGAGAAAGAAGCGGCACAACUCGGCACCGGAGAGGCCGAGUGAGGUGCCAGAGAAGAGGAGCAAGAGGAAGAACUGGAAGGUGGCGGGGGAUGAGAAAUCUGAGGACAGCUCUGAUGAGGACUGAGGGGUCUGGGUGCAGCUCAGAGCAGGAGGGGAGGACAGAGGCAGGUCUGUCACUCUGCACUGCCCCACUGCUCCAAUACUGGUUUACACACACACCCUGCCAGCCCACAGGGAGCAACCGAGCCUGGCAGCCUGGCUGCCCCCGGGCUCACAGGGCAGCAGAGCAGGACAGCACCUACAUCCUGCCAGCUUCAGAGUCUUUGGCUGUGAUCGGGUUGGGUUUUUUUGUAAAUUAUGUUGGAACAGAUUGUUCUUUUGGCUCACCAAAACAAUGUCCAGUAGGAGAGAGGACAGGCUGAUAAAUCAAGCUGGUAACAGAGGAAAUGUCACUGUAAGCCCCACGGUAGUUUUGUCUUCCCGUCCUCCACCAUGGGGGCGUGCACAGGGUCAGCUGGGCAUGGAGGGGAGCUGAGGGAAUAUGAGCUGAAGGUGCAGUGACUUCUCUAAUGGUGAAUCAGCUCAUCUGCUUGGUUUAGACUCCUGUCCAGAGCCUGCUGUGGGCUGACCACCAUGUCUACCUUCCUUCCAUCUCUAUGGGGAUGCUGAAACCAUUUGUGCUGACAGAGAGGCCUUGGUGGGUGUUGUGUCCUGUCUCUGCUCUGCCCAGUGUUACUGGAGAAACUGGUACCAGGCCGUUCUCCCUGCAGCAAACAGCCAAGCCUUUUAAUAAAAUAAAUAAAUCCA